AUGCUUCCACGACAAACGCUCGACACCCGCGGAGACAAGUGCCACGGCAGCAAGCAAGGCAAGGCACGUAUCACAGUUCUGUUGGCUGCUAAUAUGGACGGAAGCACGAAGCUGCGGCCGCUUGUCAUAGGCAAGUUUCAAACCCCGAGGUGCAUACGCAACUGCCCCAGCGUUCCGGUUACGUAUGCCUGGAACAAGAAAUCGUGGAUGACUCGGGAUAUAUUCCAAAAAUGGUUGAAGGCAUGGGACUCUGAGCUGGUGCGUCAAGGCCGGAAGGUUUGCCUCAUCGUCGACAAUUGCACAGCACACCACACAGAUGUCCAGCUGAGCAGUAUUGAAAUUCAUUUUUUGCCGCCGAACACGACGUCAAAGCUGCAGACAUUGGACCAGGGCAUUAUUCGCGCUUUCAAGUCCAUUUAUAAUCGUCGGCUGAUCGACAUUUUGCUACUCAAGCUGCGGAUGGGCCAAGAGCUAAAGAUAGACCUUUUGGGUGCCAUUCAAAUGCUGAAAGCCUCGUGGGACAACGUCAAGCACUCGACAAUAGUUCACUGCUUUCGGCAUGCGGGUUUCGUGAGCCGCAUUAAAGAAGCUUCCGAGGAAGCAACCGAAGAUUUGAUUUUGGAUGGCACAGAGGAAGAAUGCCAGCUCGAAGAAACCUGGAGCCAGUUGGAGCGCUUUGUCGGUGCUGAGCCACACAGCAUGUACUUACAUUGA